AUGCGAAUUUUCGAUUUACUCCUUGUCAGCUUCGUGGCGAGUGCAGCUGCCGAUUACACCUGCUCCGGGCCCGACGCUCGCACUCAGCCUCCUGUAGGGGCCUUUGUUGUCGACCAUACUGGAGCGUACAGCGGCAGCUUCCGCAACAUCUCGGAGGCUGUUGCGCACGUCCCCAACAAUACCGACGAGCACACCAUCUUCCUGUUCCCCGGUGUGUACCGCGAGCAAGUCCUGGUCUCCAAGUUGAACGGCCCUCUGGUGAUGCAGGGCUACACGUGCAACACCAAGUCGUAUGCUGCCAAUGAGGUGACUAUUACUCACUCGAAGGCCCAGCGUGACAUCCCUCCCGAGAUUACAAGCGGACGCAACGACCUGACCAGCACGUUGCGCCUCAAGACGAACAAUAUGAAAGUGUACAACCUCAAUCUCGCCAACACGGCUGGGUAUAUCCAGAAGAACGGGCAAGCGGUCGCUACUAUCGUCGAAGGCAACAACUACGGCUUCUACGCGUGCAACUUCACUUCUUACCAGGACACCGUUUACGCGAAUAUGGGACGCCAGCUCUUCGCUCAUUCGUACAUCAGCGGCGCUAUUGAUUUCGUCUUCGGUUUGAGGGGGGAGGCGUGGUUUGAGUCGUGUGACAUCGAUACUAUCGGGCCUGGCAGCAUCACGGCAAACGGUCGUGUCAAUGAAUCCAGCCCGUCCUACUUCGUGUUCAACAACGCGCGCGUGUUCAGCUCCAGUGGCAAUGGAUCGGCUUUCCUCGGCCGUCCAUGGCGUCCGUACUCGCGGGUUGUCUGGCAGAAUAGUGAGCUUGGCGAUGUAGUCAACGCGGAAGGCUGGCAACUUUGGCACAACGAUACGAACAUCGCCAAUGUUUAUUACCGGGAGUUCAACAACAGAGGUCCCGGUGCGGCGAAAGACAAGCGAGUGUCCUUCAGUGCACAAUUGGAUGCUGCGGUGCCUGCUACGAAGAUCUUGGGUGAGAACUACACGAGCGAGUGGUGGGUUGACAACGCGUUCUUGUAA